AUGGCUUUCCGUGGUUUCACUUCGCCGAUUCUUCGUCGCUUUCUGGAAGCCAACAAUCGCAAGUUGCUGCAGAAGCGGUCGGCUUCAACACGUGAUUAUUACUCGGACCCGCGCGGUUUCACCGUGGCCGAUAUGAAGAAAAACUCUGCUGUUCUGCCACUGGUGGGCAUUAUGGUAACGGCUGUGCUUGGUUGUACAUCAUUUAUGAUAUAUUGUAGCUAUACCCGUACGGAUGUGAGCUUGAAUCGAAAGGAUUUUGAACACAACACAAUGGACGUUAUGAAUCCGCAGAAAAGAAAGAUCUUCGUGUUCAAUGACAAGUACGAGCCCAACCCGGAGCUGAAGGAGGCCCUCAGCUAUCGCGAGGAGUACAACAAGCAGACAAAGUAA